AUGGAGGCUUCAAUAUCUGUAGUCGCAGGUGAACUAGUGAGUCGUUUCAUCUCCUUCCUGAUGAACAAGUACCACUCCUCCUUGAGCCAUGCACAGUCAGAGGAGAAGCUGGUGGAGAGAUUGCAGAACCUCCUGAUGAGAGUCAGCAUGAUCGUCGAGGAAGCAGAUGCGCGGUACAUAACAAAUACUGGGAUGUUGUUGCAGCUCAAGACACUGUCGGAGGCCAUGUACAAAGGAUACCGUGUGCUGGACACCUUGAGCUACCGAAACCUCCAAGGCAGUCCAGGCAUUGACGAGGUUAGCAUCAAUGACCCAUCUAGCAGCAGCUUGUACUUAUCUAUUCCUGUCAAGCGUUCUCGAACAAAAGCUGAGAAGGAUGAGAAGGCCAUGCGCCUCGAGUCAGAUGGUGCCUUGAAAAGCUUAGAAAUUGUUGUUGCUAACAUGGCAGAAUUUGUAGUGCUUCUGGGUGGAUGCGAGCACAUGUCUCGUAGGCCAUAUGAUGUUUAUCUUUACACAAAAAACUUCAUGUUCAGCCGACAUGCUGAGAAACAAAAGCUCUUGAGCUUCUUGUUGGAGCACAAGAACCCUCCUGGUGAUCAUGCACCGGCAGUUCUUCCGAUCAUAGGUGGUUUUGGAGUUGGGAAGAAAACAUUGGUUGCUCAUGUGUGUGGCGACGAAAGGGUUCGGUCACGCUUCUCUAUUUUGCACUUGAAUGGAGAUAGACUCUUGACAAUACUUGACCACGGAAGGACCAUGUCUGGGACGAUGUUGGUAGUUAUUGAGUUUGCUUCUGAUGUAGGUGACGAUGAUUGGAAAAAGUUUCACUUGUUUCUCAAUAGAAUGAGAGGUGGAAGCAAGAUCAUCAUUAUAAGUAAACUUAAAAGAUUAGCCCGGUUUGGGUCUGUGAAGCCUAUUUUCCUAGGUGUUUUGUCUUACGACGAGUUGAGGUACCUAUUCAAGACGCUGGCAUUCAGUAGCGCAGACCCUGCAGAACAUCCACGACUAGUACAAUUAGCAGAUGAGUUUGCCAAGGAGUUGCACAGUAAGCAAGGUUCACUUGUCGCAAUAAAUACAUUCGCAUAUGUGUUGAGAAUGAACCUCAGUGUUCAGUUUUGGCGUUGCUUAUUUGAUAAGGGGGUAAGAUACGUUAAAAGAAACCUCUCCAUACAUGGUGUACACCCAAGUAUGCUUAUAGAACAAGGCCAUCCCGUGGACAUCACGGACUUCGCCUUGCAUCCACUUACCAUGACAAGUAAUGUUCCAAUCAAGGAGGAAUCACCAAGUGUGACAUUGGUGGAACUUCUGGCAGAUCCUAGUGUUACACCGGAAGGAGACUUCCGUCUAAUUGCAUGGGAAUCAAGGAUACCGCCUCAUAAAUCAUUUGUUCAUUUUGUUACAAGUCGUGCUCAGGAUACACAUGAAGGUAGUAGUGCCUUGCCAGGGAGGAAGCGACGAGGAGUGCCGAUCUAA